UUUCCACUUUUAUUGUCAUCGAUCGCACAUUAAUCAGGUAAUUGUGGGCGGAGGUGGUGACUCGUCCGUUCGCCAGGGUUCGUCGCUUACAGACUGGUCGGGGUCGUUGAUGUCUUUUCCCUAUUUCGCGAGCGUGGUGAUAGGAAAUUGUGGUGCAAUUGGAUGACUUGAACGAGGAAAUGGAUAAUAUCAAUCAUUUCUAGCUUUUUGGUGGGUGAAUUAUUUGCGAUUUAGUUUCUAGUAUAUAAGUGAUGAGUACUAGACGCAUUAUCAAACACACGCUAGCUCAUCACCCUUCAAUACAGCUCCACAAUGGCGUUCAAAUUUGUUGCAAUGGUAGCCCUUCUCGCCUGUACCAAAGCCGACUACAUUCCAACCGAUCUUGAUCUUCCUUCCAUUGGAGUUAGCUACGGAACUCUAGCACACGGUUCACUUCCGUCUGGAUUUUCACCAGCAGCUCAUCUCGUUGAGCCGCUCGCUCGAGCAUCUCAUCUGCAAGUGCAGAGUCCCCUGCUGGACAGCUUCAUUACUCCAGCCCCGUUGGCCAUCGGUGGACCAGCGCUGCCUGCGGGUAAAACUACACUCACCAAAACACUAGUUUCUACUCCAACGUACGUCACUAGCCAUGUGUCACACCGGGUGCACACAAACGAGCCGAAGAAUCUUGUUAAUGACCAGGCUUACGGGUAUGACAAGAAUGUUAUCAACGCUGGAUACUACGGUGCACAAGGUUUGCCGUAUGGUGCCGCCUUUGGGCAUGUGUAUUGAAUGUAGCUGAUACAAAUCAUAUCCUGUCGGCUAGGCAUGCCCUUUAGGGCAUUGUGAAUAAAGAGAGCUGUUUGU